AAAUAAACUAGUGUAUUUCUAUUCUCGGACUCAUACAUAUAAUUUUAUUUGAAAAAAAAUGUAGUGGUUCAGUUCAUUUAUGUUUUCAAUUUUGAUUUUAAUACAUAGUUUGAAUUUGAAAAUCUUUAUCUUUAUGUUAUCAGGAAUAAUUAUAAACAUUUACAACUAAAACACGAUUAUUGCCUAAUAGUUCUAACGUAUUUUUUCCAAAACUAUAUAGAUUGCGCUUAAAUUAAAAUAUUGCUUGCUAGGUUUGCACUAAUCAGAAAUAUUAUUUCAAUAAGGAACUUAUUACUUUAUUAAGGCGUAUUUAACUAUGUGAAGCAAGUUCGUGAAAAUGGAUUGUUCUGAUACAGUAGAAGACAGAGACACGAAUCCUAGGAAAAAUGCAAACUUUUUAUCUGUGAUUACUUUUUUCUACAAUUACCAAACAUUGAAAAAAGGCAGGAAACAGAAGUUGGAAGAAAACGAUAUUUUCAAAGUUCUUCCCGAAUUUGAAGCGGAAAAACUUGGAGAUAAACUAGAGAAACAAUGGAAAAAGGACACUGAAAACAAUAAAAAACUAUGGAGGACCUUAAUGGAAUCUUUCGGAUCCACUUACUGUUUGUACUCAAUUUCACAAUUAUUCGUUGCUACAUUUGUGAUGUUAUACCAACCCAAAAUCUUGUCCAUAUUUGUAACAUAUUUCGGCAAUUAUCCAAAAACCGUAACAAAAUUUGACGCUUACCUUUACUCAGGCGCAUUAGGAGGAAUCUUACUUUUGAAUGUAUUUUUCACACAGAAUCUGGCUCUGCUUCUAGCGGAAUAUUCCUUGAAAGUACGCACAGCCGUUAGUUCAUUGAUAUUUAGGAAAGCUUUAAGAAUAAGUUUGGCGGAAACUACAAUUGGAAAGAUAAUUACACUUAUAACCAAAGACGUAUUUGCCAUAGAUGCCGCAUUAAAUUUUUUCAAAGAUGUUUUUAUUGGAUUUCUACAACUAGCUGUCAUAACUUAUAUCCUUUAUGACAGAAUGGGAAUUGCUGGAUUAUUUCCUACUGCAGUAAUUAUAUUGAUCAUACCAAUCCAAUUACUAUGUGGGACAAUAGCUUCAAAUGUAAGACUUCAAACGAAUGAAAAGACUGAUGAAAGGUUUCGAUUGUCGCAAGAAGUUUUUAGCGCGGCAAAAACUAUCAAAAUAAAUAAUUGGCAGGGGUAUUUUGAAGGGCUAAUAAACAGGGUAAGACUCCUAGAAAUCAACAAACUUGCUCAAAUUUACUACCUCAAAGCCAUUAUUUCCUGGAUGAGUGAAUUUGCAAUCUACAUAUCUUUCUUUGUAUUUCUAUACUACCAUAUGGCAACUGAUGAAGCAUUAGACGCCGAGACUAUGUUUUUUGUACAAAAUUGUCUGUUCAUGAUGAAAACCACCGUUACUUUUUCAAUUCCAAUGGGAAUUUCCAAUACUGCUGACCUACUAGCCUCUUUCAAAAGGAUUCAAUCUUUCCUUGAAUUGGAAGAAGUCCAUGAUCAAGUUUUUACAGAAACUAAACGUCCAAAUAUUCGCCUGAACAACGUCAAAGUUGUCAUUAACCAACAAGAAGUUUUAAAGUCCGUUUCGCUUGAACUUAGCAAUGGUUUGCUCUUAGUAACUGGUUCUGUAAGAAGUGGUAAAACCAUUUUACUAAAAACCAUUUUAAAAGAAUAUCCCGUUAAAUCUGGACAGUUGGAGGUUGAUGGUAAGGUAUCUUAUGCCCCGCAAGAACCAUGGAUAUUUCCUUCAACUAUAAGGCAAAAUAUUUUAUUUGGUGAACCUUAUAAUGCCGAAAGAUAUAGAGAAAUUUCAAGAAUAUGUGCUAUUAACGAUGACCAGAGACUAAUUAAUGAUAAUUUAAGCAACGGUCAAAAAGCUAGAAUUUCAUUAGCAAGGGCUGUGUACAGAGAAAGUGAUAUUUAUUUAUUAGAUGAUUGCCUAGCAGUUUUGGAUUCAAAAUUAGCUGCAUCGAUAUUUAAGCAUUGCAUUCAAGGCUUUUUGAAAGAUAAAAUUUGCAUUUUUGCAACUAAUAAAAUGUAUAGUGGUCAUACUAUUUUACACUUAGAAAAUGGUUGUACAUUGAAUUUAGCCCAACAAAAUAGAGGUUUGGACAAAAGAAUAACCUAUUUUAUUGAUGAAGAAAUAGAUUUACAAAAACCUAGACAGUCUACUAUAAGCCAAAAUAUUGAUCUGAUGUAUGACAGUACCAACGAAAGUGAUGAAUUAAUAUCAACCAUAAAUAAUAAUAUUUACAAAGAAGAAAAAAACUCUGGCAGCGUUUCAUGGUCGAACUAUGCAAGUUUCUAUAAACUCAUGGGAGGAUUUUUAGGCUUCUUAUAUUUGAUAAUAGCUUUCGGAACUGCGCAAGCAGCUUUAUUAUAUUUUGAGAAGCUAACAGUCGAGUGGAUAAAUACACAAAUAGAUAUAACAUACCAUCAGAAGCAAAGGCUCACCAAUUCCACUGAAUAUCGAAACUUACUUGAUACCAGAAACUAUUGCUUCAAAUUUUACCUAAUUCUACUACUACCUGCCAUGGUUGUUGCGAUUGUAAGGUCAUAUUCGACCUUUCAUGCUUGCCUAGAUGCUGCUAGAGCCUUGCAUAACCAACUGAUUACGUCACUGCUGAAGACAUCCUUUAAGUUUUUCGAUGAUCAUUUUAUUGGAAAUAUUAUUAACAGAUUAUCUAAAGAUUUGUAUGUUCUUGAUGAAUAUAUGCCUUUUUUGAUUUUUGAUGUUUUCCGGAUAAUUGUUACUGUUAUUGGUGCUCUAAUCAUGGUUGCUUCAGUUAACUGGAUGCUUUUUAUACCAGGCGUUCUGUUGCUAGUGAAAUUUUAUUUCUUGCAAAGAAUUUAUUUGCCUACUGGAAGGAGUUUGAGAAGGCUGGAAGCUUCAUCUAGAAGUCCAAUUAUUGGCUAUUUGAAUUCAGCACUAGAAGGUCUAAUAAUUAUCAGAAGUAGUAGGCAAAAUCAGAAACUAAUAUCUGAGUUUGAUCGCCAUCAGGACUUUUAUACGUCAGCGUAUCACAUGAAUCAAACCACAACAAGGCUUUUUGCAUUCUUAUUCGAACUAUUUUCAUCGUUUUUUGUAAUGGGAAUAUGUAUGAAAUUGCUACUUUUCUUUGGAGGCUCUUCUGCUGGUGACAUAAGCCUAAUAGUCAUCCAAUCCAUGCUUCUAUCCCAAACACUGCAGUAUGCUAUCAGGCAAUUUACCGAACUAGAAAUUGCUAUGACCUCAACAGAAAGAAUUCUGGAGUACUCCAAUGCCGCAUCAGAAAAAUCAACUGAAAAAUUUGUAGCACAUUGGCCCUCCAAUGGAAAAAUCCAGUUUCACAAUGUAUCAUUGACUAACAAUGAAGCAGGUUUGAAUAAUAUUUAUUUGGAAAUCGAUGGUGGAGAAAAAGUUGGAAUUAUUGGGAAAAGUGGAACUGGAAAGACUUCUUUUGUGUCAACAUUAUUAAGACUUCAUGAUUAUCAAGGAAAAAUUUCAAUUGACAAUGAAGACAUAAAUCUUCUAUCAUUAGACUGCCUAAGAUCUCGGAUAACUCUAAUACCACAAGAUCCAAAACUAUUUUCUGGCUCCAUUAGAACCAAUAUAGAUCCUCUUCUUGAAUUUACUGAUGAAGAUAUUUGGAAGGCUUUGGAAGAUGUCCGAAUGAAGAAAUUUGUAUCUAAUUUGGAUCAACCUAUUAGGGAUUACAGCGUAGGUGAGAAGCAAUUGCUAUGCCUAGCGAGAGCUUUAAUCUCCCAAAACAAAAUUCUAAUUCUCGAUGCGCCAACGUCAAAUCUGGAUACAGAUAUGGGAAUGUUUGUGAAAAAGCUCAUAGAAAGUAGUUUUAAGAGUUGCACUGUAAUAAUGGUAGCAAAUGAAUCAAGCUCUUUAUUAUGGUGUGAUAAGGUAGUUACUUUGAAAGAUGGGCAGAUAUUGGAGACUAAUAGAUAA